AUGGCUAGGCUUCAUUUUCAACAUGAGCUACCACCUGACUAUAGAAUCGUGGAAAGGAUUGGACAUGGAGCCUUUGGCUGCUGCUUCUUAGUUGAGAAGCAAACCGAACUUCUGCCGUGCACUGAUAACCGUCACGUUGUCUUGAAAGUAGUUCACGGUAUGUUUCAACCUAGACGUCCGGUAAUCUUUUAUAAAACGUGCUCACUAUACACUAUUAUGAUAAGCUUUAAAGCGGUACCUCUGAUUCUUGAGAAUCUGAAGUUCAUUGUAGGUAUGCUCAAGUAUCUCCAUACUAAACAUGAAGAAGUCCAUGGUGACCUAAAUCCUGGCAACAUGAUGUACUUUAUUAGAGACGUGUCAAGGGAUUGGUGGUUUGAGUAUCGCUCUUUUUUUUUGCGUGGCGAUAAAAUUAAAUGUUUAGAGGAAGCGAAAGAAUGGCCUCAAGCCAUUCAAAUUCAUGCUUUACAUGACUUUUUGGAUCACUGGUUUCCUAUGGAGGAUGAACAAAUUGCAUGCAUUAUUGAUGCUGACAUGGGUGGAAAGAUUGGAGAAGCUAAGAUUGUUGUGAAUCAUCAACACCAUGACCCACGCAAUGCUACUUGGCAGAUAUCUGAUGAUUUGAUUGGACUUAUCAACUGGAUAAUUAUAAAAACUGGGUACAAAAUGCGCAGCCAUGCUACUCGAGGAAUUGAGUAUGAAGUCUCUCUUGAGUCUUUGAAGGAUCUGCAUUCACAUAUUAUUAACUUAUAUAGGAACUUGAAUAAUUACUUUUUUUUUCGCUAUUUAUUUGCACCAGAGGAACCUUUUGCACUAAAGCUAACACCUGGCAAGUGUUAUUUGGAUGAGCUUUUGAAGGGCAAAUUCUUGCUUUUUGAGUCCUUCAAAGGGUCUUAUUCUCUUGCAUCAUCCACAGAUAAAGUUACUUCCUGUGUAAGGUUAGAAUUCCUGGAAGUUAUGCAAGCAGUACCAGUGAAGCUAGAAGACCUUGGUCAUGUGUUCUCUAUGAUUGCAUCUGGCAAGGAAAAAUAUCGUGCCACCUUAAAUACAGCACUUAAUCUCCUUACUAGUCCUAAUCUGCAUGCAGGUGCUGUGUUUGUGAUUGUUGACAAGGAACACAAGAAUGAUCUGCAACUUUUGUCAUUAGACAAUGACUGUCUUCACCAGUUAUGUCAAAAAAAGGCUAACAGAGCAAACACCCCAUUUUUUCCACACCUCCUAAAUGCCUUUUGCACACCUAAUACAUCAGAUCGCUGGGAGCAGUCACUCCUUGAGGACCUUGCAGCAAAUUCUGGAGACAGCUCAUUAAAAACGUUACCAGAACUUGCAGCGUUGAAAAUGCAACCGAAGGAUGGUGCCUUUGUGCUUUCACACAGUGGUACAGUACUAGCUGCUGCAGUGCAACUUAAGUUCCUUCCACAGCACUAUCAACUUUGCAAAGCCGAUGGGAAGCGUUUUGGUACCCGUCAUGCUGCUGCAUUAGCCACUGCUGAGUGGAUGAGACUAAAACAUGUUGAUGGCAUUGUCUUUGUGAGAUCUGAAGAAGGCGAGGUGCAAAUCAUGUUGCCACAUGGGCAAACAUUGUCUGAACAGCAAGAAUACCCCUGGGUUACUGAGGAUGGCCAGAAACUCCCUCAGGUACUAUGCAUUGAAGAUAAAAAGAAGAACUAA